GGCGGAUUCCGCGCGGUUUCAAACAGCGCGGUUGAACCGCGCGGAUCCUAAUUACAUUAGCGCCUUACAAAUCGUUCAUACCUGUCCGCACGGAUUGACAAUCCGCGCGGCUCCCGCCACUCAACCGCUAGAAAAUGAAUUCGCGCGGUCGCCGCUCGGUUUUAUUUACUUGACGUACCUAGAGGGCGUUCAGUUGCUCCGCGGAAGCCGCGCGUAUCGGACGGUGACAAUGGAUCGCUUCGACACCGAGCUAUUCAUCGAUGAGGUGGAAAAAAGACCUGCUUUGUGGAACAUCCAAUGUGCAGAAUAUUCUAACAAAACGAUUAAAAACGGAGCUUGGCAGGAGCUGGUGGAGAUUUUUGGAGAAAAUGAGGAUUCUUUGGAAAAGAAGGUUCUUUUUGGUGUAUUAUUACAAAAAAAAUGGAAGAACAUCCGUGAUGCUUAUAAUAAGGAAUUCAAGAAAGGCAAAUCAAUUCCUUCUGGUUCUGGUGCAUGUAAAGGUUCAAAAUACAUGUAUUUCGACCGGCUUUCUUUUCUUCAGAAGACGAUAGAAAACAAAGAAACUAUCACAAACAUAGAUGAAGCCAAAAAUGAAGAAAUUCGGAACAUUGACCAAAAGCUAGAUAAUUUUGUAAAUGCACGUGAAAUACAACCGGUACCCAAUAAAAGGAAGAAAACUAAAAUUACUUCAGAAGAGCGAUUGGCUGACAUAUUAGAAAAUAGUAUUGAAUCAAGAGAUAAAAUACAAAGACAGAUACAAGAAAGUAUGUCAAAGCAAGAUGAUGAUGAUAAACUUUUUUGCAUGUCAUUGUAUAAAGAGUUAAAGAAAGUUCCAGAAAAUAAACGAUUGGCUACUAAAAUUGAAUUGCUCCAGGUAAUACAGAAAGGGCAGAAAUUACCAUCGCCUAUUCAUAUCACGAGCCAGCAAAACACGCCUAAUGCAGUAUUUUGGCAAAACCAACAAUAUUCAAACCCACAAGGAUAUUUCACUGGAUAUUCUACAAUAGUACCAGGAGAGUCUCCAUCGCCUUUAUCAUGCAAUAGCACUGACGAUUCACAGUCUUCUAUAGUACAAAAUAUAUAUUCUGACGUAUAAAAUAAAUAUCUUACCUUAAUG